AAAAAAGAAAACUAGUCCCGAACUUUCUUAUCUGGAAUAAAAGAAAAUAUAUCUGGCAAUAUCAAAUUGUUUGACAAAACCCCUAAUUGGACCAAAUCCUAGGGUUUACCCUAACCGGAUCCAGACACACCGAAAGCCAAUCAGUUUUUUUGCUUUAGAAAUGGAGGUGGGUGGUGUCAGUUCGGUGGAGAGGACCUUGUGGGCAUGCUCUGUUAUGGAAGCUGUGGCGGUGGAGACUGUUCAUGCCGCCUGGAAGUCUCUUGCUUAUCUGUUCUUUGUGGCUGGAUCGUUACUGAACGAUAUCAAUGGAUCACCUAAGCUGACUGCAAUAGAUGAGAGGUUUCCUCUUCAUGAACUUUUCAAGAUGAAACUCCCUGAUGCAGAAAACAAAGAUGCAAGUGAUACAGAAGAUGACGAUGAAGAAGAUGAGGACAAUGUAGAAGACCAGGAUGAUGAUGAUGGUGAUGCAGAUUUCUCAGGUGAAGAGGGGGAAGAGGAAGGAGAUCCAGAGGAUGAUCCUGAAGCCAAUGGUGAAGGAGAAAGUGAUGACGAUGAUGAUGACGACGAUGAUGAUGAUGGUGAUGAAGAUGAGGAUGAAGAGGAUGGAGAGGAUGAAGAAGAAGAGGAAGAGGAAGAAGAUGUUCCCCAGCCACCUUCUAAGAAGAGAAAGUGAAGAGCACUUGUAGGUUUUAUGUUUUCCUUUUGGGGUAGAUAGCUUUUUGUAGGGGGGGAUUCAGAUGGUAUGCAUAGAGUAGAAUUGUCCAUACUUUGUUCUGAAUGAACCUCUGUUCUGGUACCAAUGGUGUGAUGUAGUCCCAGAUUAUUGUGAUGUAUAAUGUUUUAUUUUUCCUGGAAUUAUUUCCUGUUUUUAUUUUAGUUAGCUCCAAUCAGAGAUCUCAAGUUUUGUGUAGUUUUAAAACACGAGUAAAAAAACAAUUGUUUAUGAAGUAUCUUGAAUAUGUUUUUCAA